AUGGUCAUCUACUCCACGAUUCUAGGCGCAAUCAUCGGCUCCGGCGUCCUCGCAGUACCAGUACUUGGCGUACCAGCAGCCCUCGCGCCAGCAUCUGUCCCAGCGGCAGCUGGCGCAAGACUCGGCGGUAUAGACAUGAACCGGGCCUGCCGCGACCAGUAUGGCAUGGGUUACCCCGCUGGCCGGAUUGGAAGUUCAUGCAACGACUGGCAAUGCAUAUUGUAUAACACGAAUUUUGGUGAUUUGUACUAUCCUGUCGAUACUCCUGCAGCAUUUACAUAA